AUGGCUGCUCCUCACAUUCCCAACCUCAACACUCUCCGACGCGGCCGAAUUCGAGGUCGCGGAGCAAGUCGCGCGGGUGAAGACCAUGGAUCCCGUACAUCGGGGAAAGACCGCGUCGUGCAAGGCACAGACAACGAUGCCAGCGUCUCCCGACUGAGCGCCGUCGAGCUGGGAUACUUGGACGAUCCCUACGCAGCGGCAUUGACACCCCCUGGAUCGGCAACGCGAAGACUCCCAAUUAUAAACAGAGGAACCUACGUCCGCACCACCGCCAUCGAUCAGCUCGUUGCGCGCUUUCUCGGCCCCUAUUCUCCAGAGUCCCAGGCACCUAAAAAGCAGAUCAUUUCGCUCGGUGCUGGGUCGGACACGCGGAUCUUCCGACUGCUCUCUUCGCGAAAUCCCCCCGACUUCGUCUACCAUGAGAUCGACUUUGCCGUUAACACAACUGCAAAGAUCUGCGCGAUCCGCUCAGCACCCCCUCUGCAGUGCGCGCUGGGAAUUGACUCAUCCAAUAAUGAAGUGACGGUCUCCGAAGCCGCGGACGCGCUCCAUUCGCCCUCGUGCCAUAUCCACCCUGUCGAUCUGCGAUCGCUAUCGGCGAAUAGCCCUUCCCCCGAGACAUUACCCGGCGUAGAAAAGGGGCUUCCAACUCUGCUGAUAUCGGAGUGCUGUCUUGUAUAUCUGUCUCCGAGUGAAGCGGAUCAGGUGGUCUCCUUCUUUUCCCAGCAUCUUUUGGACUCUGUCGAUGAUACCACAUCCAAAGCUAGCGAAGGCUCAGAGCCGACUUCACAACCCAAAACCCCACUCGGAUUGGUUCUGUACGAGCCGAUUCGUCCAAAUGACCCCUUUGGCCGUACCAUGGUGUCGAAUCUCGCGGCUCGAGGAAUUCAAUUGCAGACUCUUCAUCGAUAUGCCUCAUUAGAGGCGCAGCGGACACGAUUCCGUGAGCAUGGCCUCGAGAAUGGGCAGGCGGCUGCUGAUAUCGACUUUAUCUGGGAGCAGUGGGUCAGCGAGGAGGAAAAAGAGCGGGUGGCCGGCCUCGAAAUGCUGGACGAGAUUGAGGAAUGGCAGCUGCUGGCGCGACACUACUGCGUUGCCUGGGGCUGGAGAGACCGCGAUGAGGUCUCGGCAUUUAAAGGGUGGAAAGACUUGCAAGCCCAGGCCGGGGAAUGA